AUGUUGGUGCUGGACGCUGAUACGUCUGUGGUUAAUCCGAAUCACUGUAUUGAAGAAUACAUUGAUCCCAGAGUUGAUAUUGUUUUUUACGAACGAUUUUUUAACUGGGAAAUAGCUAGCGGAAAUUAUCUUGUAAGAAACACACAAUUUGCAAAAGAUUUUUUGUUACGUUGGGCAAAUUACGGACGAAAUGCUAUAGACUAUUUAUGGUGGUCAGGAUCUGACAAUGGAGCUUUACAUAUGGUAUUUCUAGAAACUAUUCUUCCAAGCGAUUCGCAAGAAGUUAAAAAUUGUCGAAAUCUUUGGUUAAAGGCUCGUGCUUAUGAUACAUAUGUACCAUUUGUUGUAUGUGUUCGAUUUUAUUUAGGAGCUACUCGAAUUUGGCCACAAAGGCUAAAACUUUUAAGGCGAGCUCAUGGCUUCUGUCGUGAUUGGUAUAAUACUGGUGGCUUAUGGACUGAGCGUGACUUCCUGAUUCAUGGAUGGAAAUCUCAAACUGUCCGAGAUAAUGACUGGGCAUCACCAUUCUAUAAAGAUAUUGAGUUAUCACGUUGUGGAAAUAAUUAUGAUGGCUGGCCAUGGAAACCGGAUAAGAAGGUGAAAAUUGAAGAAAUUCGACAUUUGAUAGAGCUGGCAGAAAAUCGUUCUGCACGAACAUUCCCGAAGAAUCAUUUGGUGAUACCGUUUCUUGAUCAACCGGAUAUUGCACAAUGCUAUCCAAAUUGUGAUAUAAACGAACGAUUUUCCAGCAAUUAA